UUCCACCGCCGCCGACGGCGACGAUGGAGAACACCGACCCCGUCGCCAAGAAGCUGCGGGUGGAGGAUUCGGCCAGUGUCACCAACGUGCGGGUCAAACAAGAAGCGGCCGAAGAUGCUCACGGCGGCGGGGAAGCAGCCACAACGACUGCGGCUGCUGCGGAGGUGGCCGCCGGAGUGGAGCUCGCCGUGAGGAUUGACGCCGCCGUGCUGCACUGCCCGCUCUGCUUGCUCCCGUUGAAGCCUCCAAUCUUUCAGUGCGGCGCCGGGCACUUGGCCUGCGGCGUCUGCCACGGCAAGCUCUCCGACGUCCACUGCCGGGCGUGCGGCGACGGCGGCGCAGCCUACGCCCACAACCCCGUGCUGGACGCCUUCGCCCGCUCGGCCAAGAUCUGCUGCCCCAACGACAAGUACGGCUGCGACAUCUACGUCACCUACUGCGAGGUCGCCGACCACCAGCGCGCGUGCCCGCACACGCCAUGCUCGUGCCCGGAGCCCGGCUGCGGUUUCCUCGGCGCGCCGCCGGCGCUGCUCGCCCACCUCACCGCCGACCACUCCUGGCCCGCGCAGGAGAUCACCUACCGCGCGGUCCACCCGCUCUGGGUGCCUGCGUCGGAGCGGCGCCGCCUGCUGUUCGUCCGAGGGGAUGGCGAUGAGCGCCGCGUCUUCCUCCUCGCCAUGGGCGCGCACGGCGCGGCGACCACCGUGUCCGUGUCGUGCGUGCGGGCGAACGCGGCGGCGGGGCCGCAGUACACGUGCAAGGUUUGGACGCAGGCGCCGGCGGACCCGGAGACGGGGUCCAAGGACACC